AGUUUCUUCCAGCAGCAGAGGCCAUGGUGAAGCUGGCCACGGCGAGGGAGGCGCGCCGCUACGGCCCGCCGUUGGCCGUGCGGCGAUGGGAGUACAUCAACGCCGCCGCCUACGCCUUCGCCACCCUCCUCCUCUUCGCCGCCCUCUCCGCCGCCGCCGCCUCGUCUAGCAGCCUCACGGGCUUCAGGGCCGGCAUGGCCGCAGCCGGCGUCGCGCUCGCCGUGGUCGCGGCCGUGAACUUGCACGACCUGGGCGCGCACGUGGCCGGCCUGGGCGGCGUCCGCCGCGUCUUCGCCCUCGCGCGGCUCGACCCGCAGCUGGCGCUCGUCGAGCUCCUCGCCCCCGCGCUCCACUCCGCCGGCUGCGCCCUCGCCAUCGCCGCCGGCGUCCUCGCCCUGAACGACAACAAUGGCGACGCGGCGGCGGCGGGGCUGCUGGUGGGCGGCGGCGGGGCGUGGGUGGCGGGGUCGGUGCUGAACGCGUGCCAGGUGUACGAGCGCGCCGACGGCCGGGCCCAGCUGCUGCAGUCGGCCGUCCAGGUGCCGCUGCUCCUCGGCAGCCUCCUCUUCCUCGUCUCCGCCGUUGCCGCGAACGCCAUGCCUCUGCUUCUUCUCCCGGGACCGGAGGGGGAGAAGAAGACGAUGACGGUGGUGAUGACGUGCGGCUUGUGCGGGAGCGCGCUGUGGGUGGUGGCCGCGGUGUUCAACGCCGUCAAGGUGGUGGCGGCGCACCAGAGCGACGCCCCGCGGCUCGAGAGGCUCCGCGGCGGCGCGGAGGAGCGGCUCGCCUGGGAGCGCGACGGCGGACCGCCGCCUCUGCUCGGCUGGAGGUCGCCGCCGCCCGCCGAGCUGCGCUGAUGAGAAUAUGACGACAAGGGCGUGGCACACCUGCUGCCAUCAGAGGCUUAAUUUGAGCCCAAGUUAAAUCAAAUUAACCUUCUUUAA